AUGGGUAAUAACCUCUCUUCCACCUUUGAACCCGACCUGUCCGGCGUCGUCCUCGACCCGGGAGACAAGCGAGACGACAUCAUCAUGACCGUCGCCUUCUUCGGAUCCCUCUACGUCGUCGGCAUCAUCUGGGGCACCUGCUCCCUCAUCGACCGCUGGAGCGGCGUCCUCACCCUGGGCAAGAGGAAGCAGACCUCGUUCGGCUCCGUGCUGGCAGCCGCCUUCCUCUCGUUGGCCUGGCCCGUCGUGGCCGCCUACCUCCUGUAUUCUCCGGAAUGA